AUGUCUACCAACGCCAUUGCCGGCGUGAUCCUGGCAGUUUUGGUACUCUAUGUCACUAAGAUCUUGCUGACGCGUAAAAGUACGCCUGGGUCAUUACCGCCAGGACCUCCCGGAAUACCACUUCUUGGUAACAUUUUCGAUCUACCGGCUUCAGAUAAACCGGAUUGGGAACACUGGACCGAUCAUAAAACAACAUAUGGUAACGCUUACUAUCCACUAUACGGACCAAUUAGCUCCCUGACGGUCAUGGGGAAAACCAUGGUGAUCCUGAAUGACAUGGAUAUUGCGAAGGAGAUCUUGGAAAAACGAUCUAAGAAUUAUUCCUCGCGACCAGAAUUGGUGUUUGCAUCCGAAAUGGUCGGUUGGAAAGAUAUUCUAGCCAUGCAAACAAACCCUACUGCCUAUCGGAAAGCCAUACACCCCUGUAUUGGAACCUACACGGCAAUGAAUCAAUUUGACGAACUGCUAGAGGUGGAAAGCCAAAGAUUUUUACUAAGGGUACUGGCACAGCCGAAAGGUUUUAUUCAGCAUAUUCGAAAGCAGGCAGGAGCAAUUAUUCUCAAGAUCGCAUAUGGCUACACAAUCGAGCCGCACAAGGAUGACCCUUUGGUCGAUAUGGCCGAAUUAGCUCUUGGUCACUUUUCUAGGGCGGGAACACCAGGUGCUUGGUUGGUUGAUAUAAUUCCAGCAUUGAAACACGUUCCUUCUUGGCUACCUGGAGCUGGGUUCAAGCGUCUUGCGCAAGCUUGGAAGAACAAUCUCGACAAUGUUGCCAACGUACCUUACGCAUUUGUACAGCAGGGAUUUGAGCAGGACAAUUUCUAUCCGUCUUACUUAUCCCAUUUGUUUCAAGCAGAUGAAAGCCUACUCAAUGAGAAGAAAGGAGAGACCGAGACAGAAAAGAGGAGAAUCGCAAAAUGGACGGCUGCAUCCUUAUACACGGGAGGUGCUGACACGGUUGUUUCGUCGAUGGAAACGUUCUUUCUGGCUAUGACUUUAUUCCCCGAGGUGCAAGAAAAAGCACAGAAGGAGAUUGAUCGAGUUCUGGGUCACGCUUGUCGACUGCCCACAUUGGCUCAUCGCACAAACCUCCCAUAUAUUAAUGCUGUUGUGAAGGAAACUCUCCGGUGGCAUCCAGUGGCUCCAAUGGGAAUCCCACACCUCUCUGUCGAGGAUGAUAAGUUCGAUAACUAUUUCAUUCCUAAAGGAUCAAUAGUUAUGGCUAAUAUUUGGGCAAUGACACAAGAUCCAGAAACAUACGCCAACCCAACGGAGUUCAAGCCUGAGCGUUUUCUGCAAGAAGAUGGCAGAGACACUGAGCCAGAUCCUGAAAAUGCUGUGUUUGGAUUCGGUCGACGUAUCUGCCCUGGUCGCGCUUUGGCUAACAACCUUCUUUUCCUCUCCAUCUCUCAAUCUCUUGCAGCCUUCAACAUUCAAGCUACUGGGAAUAGCAAGACGGUGGAUUUGGAAAAAGCGUUUAGUCCCGGCGUUGUCAGCCAUCCUGUUCCAUUCGACUGUAACAUUGAGCCCCGCUCUAAAAAACACGAAGAGCUAGUCAAGUCGGUGGAAGAAAGGCACCCCUGGGAAACAAGCAACGCGCCUGCGAUCAAACAACUCUUGAGUGUCAAUGGAGCUUGA